AUGAGUUUUUAUAAUCAAGAUGAAGAAGAAGGAUUAGAUGGGACUAUUUUGAAAAUUCCAUUAUCAAUAGUUGAUAAAGAUACUUCGGAAGAAAUUAAAUCAUCAUCUAUCUGGUUAUACGUUUCAAAAGCUGAUACAAAUAUAGAUGAAAUUAAUGAUUUGACCAAUAAUACCAAGACUAGUGAUUUAAAUUUUACAUAUAUUUCAAUUAUAGCUGUUUGGCCUGAAGGAAGUUACGAUACAGUUAUAAAUUCCGAUAAUAUAUAUGAUAUAUUUGGAUCAAAUGCAAAUGAUCUUUUCACCAAGGAUGAAACUUUUAAUGUAUUUACAAAUUUAUUUCCAUUAGAUUUUGAAAAUUUAAUUGAAAGUAAAGAAAAAGAUGGAAUUCAUCAAAAUUUGAAGAUAAAUGCAAGAUUUGAAGUAGAUAGAUAUAAAUAUGAUUUUGAUUCACUGGAAACUUUAAAUAAUAAACCUUUACAAAUAAUUAUAAAACAAGAUACUCAAUGGAGUCCCAAAAUUGGUCAAUUUGAAUUAAAUCCUUUAGAUUUUGAAGAUAAAGAAGAAUAUAAAUUAGAAAGUAGUUUAUUUAAUUGGAUUGAUUUAUAUAAUAAACAAAAUGAAUCAUUAAUUACAAGUUUAUUAAAUGAUAAAAAAAAAUUAGAACAAAUUGAAGAAGAAAAUUUAAUUUUAAAUGAUAGAUAUAAAAAACAAGAAAAAGAUUAUAAUUUAAUUAUUGAAGAUUUAGAAAAUAAAUUCUAUCAAGUACUUGAUGCUAAAAAGAAUAAAAUAUUUCAAUUAGUUCAAUCUAAUUUACCAAAAUCUGAAUUAAUUGGAUUAAAUCAAAAAUUUUUACAAGAAAAUGGGAAAUUAAAAGGCUUAAAUUUUGAUAAUAUUCCAAAUAUGGAUCUUUCAAAUAGAAAAAGAAGUAAAAAUGGUAACGGUACUACAAAGAAAAGGAAAUUGGGUACAAGAGGUAGAGGGAAAAAGAAAAUUAAAGAAGAGGAAGAAGAAGAAGAAGAAGAACAAACUAGUGAAGAUGAAAGUGAUGAAGAAAGUGAAGAUCAUUUUCCAGAAUUUAAUCCAGUUAAAGUUAAAGAUGAACAACCAAUAUAUAAUUUUAGACCAAGUCGUCGACCACCAAAAUCCCCUGAAUUAAAAGAUGAAUCAUUUACUACUAAAAUCAAAAAUGAUCCUGAUUCAAUAUCAGAUGCUUUUCAUCCUGAAGAUUAUGGUACUUUAAGAAAUGAAUCACCUGAAUUAAAAGAUAGUAGUUUUUCACAAAGUUUUAAUAAUAAAAAAUCUUUUGAAGCAAUAUCAGAUAAAGAUGUUAUAAGAGAGGCUUUAGAAAAAGAUGAAGAUAAUAAUGAAAAUGAUACAGAUAAUGAUGAUGAGAAUGCAACUCAAUAUAGUUCAACAGAAGAUGAAAAUGAAAGUGAUGGUGAAAAUAAUAUUCAUUUUAGUGAUGAUGAAAGUUCAAAACAAUCUAGUCUUGCUAAACAUCAAGUAAGUGCAAUUUCUGAUAGUUUGGGUGAUGCUAAACAUCAAGUAAGUUCAGUUUCUGAUAGUUUAGGAGAUACUAGUCAGAAAAGUAAAGAACAUAGUCAAAAUAAAACUACAAGUCAGAAUAAUAUUAGUAAUGUUAGUCAAAAUAAUGAUAGUAAAAAUGUUAAUGCAAUUAGUCAAGCUGAUAUUGAAACAGAUUAUAGUGACUCCGAUGAUGAUUGA